CGGAAGUUGAAAAACUACGAGAUUUCCAGUGAACACUUGAAAGCAGCACUCUCGCGAGCCAUCAGUUGAGGAAGAUGGCGGCGUUGAGCGCGGACCGGUGGCUCAAUGAGCUCCCAAACCACGAAAUCUUCAAAGCUAUCCGAGAAAAGUUGGAGUCGCAGCCCAGCUCGACCGGAAAGGUCGCUAAAAACCUGGCGUUUUGUUUGGGCGGGGACUUGUUCUUGUGGGACGAUGCGGACCGCGUGUUUUCCACCACCAACCUGCGGCAGCUGAACUCGGAGGAGGGUCCGAGCGGCGGGAAGCUGCAGACGCUGCUGUGCAUCAACCCCCCGCUGUUCGAGGUCUGCCAGGUGCUGCUCAGCCCCACGCAGCACCACGUCGCUCUGGUGGGCCAGCGCGGAGUGUCGGUGCUGGAGCUGCCGCAGCGGUGGGGCAAGAGGUCGGAGUUCGAGGGCGGGCGGAGUACGAUCAACUGCAAGACCAUCCCGGUGGCGGAGCGCUUCUUCACCAGCUCCCCGUCCGUGAGCCUCCGGCAGGCGGCUUGGUUCCCCAGCGAGACCGGCGAGCCCUACCUGGUGCUGCUCACGUCUGACAACACCAUCAGGUUUUACGGGUUGAAGGCGCCGCAGACGCCGGCUAAAGUGCUCCCGGUGUCGCAGUCAGAGGAGGACAGCAGCGUCCACCGUCCGGUCCGGUCCUACGCGGCCUCUUUGGGGGAGAUCGCGGUGGCCUUCGACUUUGGGCCCGUUUCGUCUCCUCCUCGGCACCUGGCAGCUCUGGUCUCCAGAGAUCAGCCCGUAUACCCUCUCUACAUCCUGUACGAGAACGGGGAGACGUACGUGAGCUACACGAGCCAAGCGAACGGCGUGAGCCUGAGUAAACCCGCGGGACCCCUCCCCAUGUACCCUGCAGCAGAGGACAACUAUGGUUACGACGCAUGUGCCAUCCUGUGCCUGCAGUGUGUUCCCAGCAUCCUGGUCAUCGCCACAGAAACGGGCACACUGUAUCACUGCGUGGUGAUGGAGUCUGAGGAGGAGGAGGAGACCGGGGCUGUGGAGAAGUGGAUCCGCGGCACGGAGGCGGUGCCGGCUUUGUACGUGUUUGAGUGCGUGGAGCUGGAGCUCACGCUCAAGGUGGCCACGGCAGAGGAUGAGGAGCCUCAGGAGUUUGAUUUCACCUGUCCGAUCAGGCUGCACAGAGACCCUUUAUGUCAGCAGAGGUAUCACUGCACCCACGAGGCAGGGGUGCACAGCGUGGGCCUCAUCUGGGUCAACAAGCUGCAGAAGUUCCUCCAGUCGGACGAGGAGAAUAAGGACGGUCUCCAGGAGCUGGCUGCAGAGCGGCGCUGCAUUGUAGAGCACAUUCUCUGCACCAGACCCCUUCUGACCAGUGAGUCGGCUCCAGUUCAUGGCUUCCUGAUCGUGUCCGACCUCUCCUUGGGCGCCACCAUGAUCUGCAUCACCAGCACAUACGAGUGCAUCCUGCUGCCCCUGCUGAGCUCCAUUCGGCCCCCGUCUCCUCCUCUUCUCUGCUCUCAUCCGGGCCCGGGCUCUGGCAGCUCCCCCUUGCGGGGGCUCGCCGACGACUCCUUCGAGCAGCACAUUCGCAACAUCCUGGCCCGCAGCUCCACCAAUCCUCUGGUCCUGAAGGCCGGGGACAAAGACACGUCGCCGCCGCCUCCCGAGUGUCUGCAGCUCCUCAGCAGAGCCACGCAAGUUUUCCGCGAGGAGUACAUCCUCAAACAGGACAUGGCGCGCGAGGAACUGCAGAGGAGGGUGAAACUGCUGACCGGGCAAAAGAACAAGCAGCUGGAGGAGCUGACGCUGUGCCGGGAGGAGAGGAAGAGUCUGACCGAGACCGCCGAAAAGCUGGCCGACAAGUACGAGGAUGCCAAGUAUCGCCAGGAAACCAUCAUGAACCGAGUCAAAAAAGUGCUCUGUGGUCUGCAGAGGCAGCUUCCCAUACUGUCAAACAGCGAAAAGGAUAUGAAGAAGGAGCUACAGGCCAUCAGCGACCAGCUGAAAUACCUGGAAAACUGCAUCCGGCAGGUGAACAUGAAGAUGGAGUACCAGAAGACGCAGGUGGACAAGGAGACGCCCCCGGUCAGGACGACCGUCUCGCUCAACGCCCACCAGAAGAAGGUGGUUCAGGACGUCCUCAGAGAGCAGGGCCAGCAAAUCAGUGACAUGAUGAAGCAAAUCAAAGACAUCAAAAACCAUUUCAGCUUCUGAGCACAAAUCCAGGAAAUGUUCAGUUGAGAAAUGUUUCAGAUUCUCUUUUGAAUUCUGACAUUGUUUUCUGAAUUGUAAACUUAAACAAGAGGCCACAAAGAUUCCUUUAGCUCCAAGUGAAUGUGACAUUUAAACACAGAGAUAUUUUAUAAACACUUGUAUGACUUUACAGUUUUCUCCUAAUCCAGUUUGAUCCCCUGGUUUUCUUUACAGUAAAUGUUUCUAAAUGUUGAGACUUGAUCUGCUGAUUCAGAACAGAACAUGCUGUGUGUGUGUAUAUACAUGAAAGAAAUGCAGUUAAAUUGACUUUACAAAGAUAUUUUCCAACAUGUUUUAUUCAUUUUUUUGGAUAAAAAAUAAACUUGAAAGUGAUAAAUUGAUUAUUGUGCCCCAUUUGUGAUUUA